AUGAGAAAAUGGGAGCAAUACAAAGACAAUAAGCCUGAAAAUAGACUGCUCGUGCGAUUGAACAAGGCAGCGACAUUUGAUGAAUGGCAAGAGAGAGCUGCUGAUUUGGACAGAUAUUUGAAGAACGAUAAAUGGAGACAACAAUCUGCUUCCAGAGUAUACGAUUCUAAACUCAUUGCAUCGAGAUUGGAGCAUUUGAAAAAAGCACAUGAAAAUGAAGAUGUGGAUAGCAUGACUUAUUUGUUGCGAGGCGUCUUGUUGAGGAACUUUGCUGGAAUCUGUGAUAGAAAGCUGUUUUCGCACUCUUACUUGGGAACAAAGCAUUUGAUUGAGGAUUACAUGGAAGAAGUGGUUUCACAAAUUGAAUACAUUGAAAAAACAUCUGAUUUCGAUGCUCAAGCCAAAAUCAAGUUCUUUAGUGAUUCUAGACAGAGUUUUGGAUGCUCGGCUCUUGUACUCCAAGGCGGCACUGCAUUAGCAUUAUAUCACAUCGGCGUUGUCAAGGCUUUGAACGAGCAAGGUCUUUUGCCUCGUAUCAUCAGUGGUACAGCCAUUGGUGCUAUGAUUGCUGCCUUGAUUUGUAUUCACACUGACGAAGAAUUGCCGAAUAUUUUACAGCCGGAUGGCAUUAACCUCAGUGCUUUUUCGAAAAAGGGGCAGACAGGACAUUUCAAAAGACGUAUCACACGAUUCAUGAAAUAUGGCUAUUUGAUGGACAUGAAGGUGUUACAAGAAUGUGUUCGAGAAAACGUAGGGGAUCUGACAUUUGAAGAGGCCUACAAACUGUCAAAGCGAGUGCUCAACAUCAGUGUGUCAUCCAGUCGUACGCAGGAGGUGCCUCAACUACUCAACUAUCUCACUGCGCCUAAUGUCUUGAUCUGGAGCGCUGCAUGUUGUUCCACUGCAUCUGUAGGACUAUUCGGCAGCUGCAAUCUGAUGGCAAAAGACAAGAAUGGCAAUAUUGUAAAGUGGAUUUCUUCUGCUGUGAAAUGGAAUCAUUGGUCAGAAACGUCUCCUGCUGAAAGCGAAGCUCCUUUGUAUCGUCUCUCGGAGCUGUUCAAUGUGAACCACUUUAUUGUCUCUCAAGCAAGUAUAUAUGCCAUUCCUUUUAUUGCAAAAGCACAAAACUUGCAACAUGAAACGUUGCUGCAUAAAUUUGCUUAUAUUGUAGCCUCUGAAUUCAAGCAUCGAUUAUACCAGCUCGAUCAGUUGCAUAUUUUGCCACAUAUGCUUCGUGGUGUGAUUGAAGAGAAAAUGUCUGGCAAUGUCAAUGUGGUGCCUGACCUUGCCUUGUCUGAUUUCAACAUUUUGUUUUCAAAUCCUUCUCAUCAAUCACUGGCUUAUUGGAUUCUGCAUGGAGAAAGAUCAGUGUGGCCUUUGAUAGCGUUUAUUAAAACACGAUGUAUGAUUGAGUUGGCGCUUGACAGAGCUGUAUUGAGAUUAAAGGCAAUGAACGUUGAGAGAGAGCCAGUUGUUGUUCGCAGCAGAUUCAUUGAGAACAAAAAGAGGGCUAGAUCAAUGCAUUAA